AUGCCGAACUGGAGUAUUCCUGAUAUCAAUAUCCUCACCAACGCCCAACAUACAAAUGAGCAAGAGUCAGACCACCAACGGCCACCAAGAGCCAGCACCUUUCAAUAUCUCUAUUAUCGGCGCCGGGUUUGUCGGUCUUCCCAUCGCUCUGGGCCUUACAUUCCGCAACAUCCCGUCACGAUCUACGAACAGACUUACGCACUGAAAGAAAUCGGUGCCGGCAUCGGAAUCUCAGGUAGUGGGAAAGCCUGCCUGAACUUUCUGGAUCCCAAAUUAGCCAAGACCCUCGAGACUGUAGCCAACAAGUCCCCAACGGGCUACCAGUGCAUCGAUGGCUUCAGCCAGGAGGAUGUCAGGCUACGGUCAAAGGACAAGCUGUUUGACAUGGUGUACGGCACUCCCGGCGGCGGUGCGUAUCUUUGUCAUCGCGCGCAGCUCCUGGCAGCGAUGAUCGACCUUGUCUCGCCUCAUCGGCUCAAACUGGGAAAGCGCGUGGAUACAAUAACAAAAGGUGAAGAUAACGAGAAGAUGGUUAUCAAGUUCUGCGACGGUACUUCUGCGGAAGCCAAUGGCGUUAUGGGUUGUGAUGGCAUCAAAUCUCGGGUCGGUCGGAUCGUCGCUGGAAUAGACAACCCGGCUUCAUACCCUCGCUAUGCCCACAAGAGUGCAUACCGCUGCCUCGUCGACAUGAACAAAGCCUUCCCUGUCCUAGGCCAUCUAGCCAAGCGCCAAAUUCUCUUUGCAGGCCACGGCGCGCACAUCAUGGCCUAUCCCCUCGCCGACUGCAAGUACCUCAACGUGGUAGCCUUUUUUCGCGACAGUGGCGACUGGUCGCAUGACCAGAAACAUACAUUUUCAGCAAACAAGGACGACAUCGUCGACUCGUUCUCCCGAUUCGGCCCUUACAUGCGGGAUCCGGGCAUGUUUGACACGUUGGAUCACCCGCUUUCUUCCUUCACCAACGGCCGCAUCACGCUUGCCGACGAUGCCGCUCACGAUACAACUCCUCAUCUCAGAUACGGCGCGGAGAUGGGUAUCGAAGAUGCAACUGUGCUUAUAGCUGUUCUAGAGCAAGCUGCAAUGGUCUUGAAGAAAGGAGACCGAGGCAUCAGCAAGGAAGAUGCUCUGGUACAUGCAUUCGGAACGUAUGAUUCGGUUCAUCGAGAGCGCGCACAGUGGCUUGUUCAAAUCAGUCGCCGUCAAGGAGAACUCGUUAAGUGGGAGGUUCCUGAGAUAGAAGGGGAUUGGGAUGGAAUCUACAAGGACACGGAUGAACAGAUUCUACCACUGCUAUUGUUCGACUGA